CUUUCCUUAAGGAAGGAACAUAAAUGCUCAAGAUGGGAAGUAACAGCACAAACAGUACAAGAGCAAAGUGCACUGAUCUUCAAAUGCCAUUUCAGUACUCCCUCUAUGCAACCACCUACAUCCUCAUAUUCAUCCCUGGUCUUCUGGCCAACAGUGCAGCCUUGUGGAUUCUGUGCCGCUUCAUCAGCAAGAAAAAUAAAGCCAUCAUUUUCAUGAUCAACCUCUCUGUGGCUGACCUUGCUCACGUGCUGUCCUUACCCCUCCGGAUUUACUAUUACAUCAGCCACCAUUGGCCUUUCCAGAGGGCCCUUUGCCUGCUGUGCUUCUACCUGAAGUAUCUCAACAUGUAUGCCAGCAUUUGCUUCCUGACGUGCAUCAGCCUUCAGAGGUGCUUCUUUCUCCUCAAGCCUUUCAGGGCCAGAGAUUGGAAGCGUAGGUAUGAUGUAGGCAUCAGUGCUGCCAUCUGGGUCAUCGUGGGGACUGCCUGUUUGCCACUUCCAAUUCUGAGAAGUGUUGGCUUAGCCAACAACACUGAGUCCUGCUUUGCCGAUUUAGGGCUUCAACACAUUAGCAUGCCUUCCUCCAUUGGCAUGGUAACUGUAGCUGAACUUGGAGGAUUUGUACUGCCAGUUGUAAUUAUUACUUAUUGCACAUGGAAAACAAGAAAAUCUUUACAGGAAUUCCAAGUUCCCCCUCAGAAUAUCAAAGAGCGAAAAAAGGCUUUGUGGAUGGUCCUGACGUGUGCAGUGGUGUUUAUUGUAUGUUUCACCCCUUACCACCUCAACUUCCCAUUCUUUAUGAUGGUGAAACAACACGUCUUUUCAAACUGCUCAUUUAUUAAGAGCACUCUCUAUUUCCACAUCAUUUCCCUGUGUCUCGCAAAUCUGAAUUGCUGUCUUGAUCCAGUUGUAUAUUACUUUAUGACCUCAGAAUUUCGUGAUAGAUUUUUGGAACAUGGUGGCUUGGUUCUUCAGUCGUGUGUGAGAUGCAAGGACAGUGGUUUGGAAAUUCAUCACAGGAAGGAGGAUCUUCAAACUAUCUCUCUUGAACUUUUGGAUGAUUCCAAAACAAUGUAAUCAAAUACUUAGCUUAGAAUAGUCUAUAUUCUCUAUCAGUUUAGCUAUGUCAUCUUGAAUAUUUUUCUUAAAAAAUGGUGUUGUCGAGUGCCUUAAAAAAACAUGUCCCCUUCCCUUCAUCCUCAAAAUGAUCCUUCUGAAGCAAUUAUUCAUGCCUAUAUUUUCUUUCCAAAUGGAAACAUAUUGUUCUACAGAGUGUAUGAGAAAAUAUCUUUCUUUACAGAAAGGGAUGAGCAACAGAAUAAUUGCACACCUGUUCCUCGGCAAUGAGUCCAGUAUUUUCACCUUCUCCUCCAAAGAACAAAAUGUAAAUGAAAAACAAGUAGACACAGGUGAAUUGUCCAAACAUUUAAAAAUGUACAUGAGAACAAUAUGAUUCUAGCUUUAUCUAGAAAAUAUACACUAGUUGAGAAAAGUAGACUAAAGAGGAAAUGUUUAUUAAUAUUAAUAGGAGUUAUGGGAAUUAAUAUCCUUAUAACUUGGAAUAUCUAAGAGAUUUUCCUUUUCUCCCCUUAAGGAAACAAACAAGUCAGAUUAAUCCCAAAUAUCUCAAAAAUAUCAUGAGAUUCACACACAACACAUACAACUUAAACAGAAUAAAAUUGUGUUCUAACAUAUUUCAAAAACUUCACAGUUUCAGGGUUUGCAAUGAAAGCUCUUUACUUGGAUGUCUGAGUGUGUGUGAUGUUAUACAUGCUUUAGUAUAUUGACAUUCAUUCAAAAAAUGUUUUGUUAUAUUUGUUCAUUAAAAUCAACUGUGCCAUGGUCUGCCUAGAUUAAUUCCUCUAUAUACAACCUCAUUCACAACUACUGGAUAGAUUUAAACAGUAAGUUAAUGAAGAAACACACAUAGGCAUAUGAUUUUUCAGUUGGACCUCGUGUCUCACAACUAAAGAUAAAUGUAAGGAGAAUAUUGGUGAAUCGAAUGUUAUUAUAAAUGCAGAAUGAAAAAUUGCUAUUUUUUAAAUUUCUGUGGUUAAAUAAUUUUGUAAUACAAAUC